AUGGAGGACUGCGUUGCACUGAAGAUCGAGGUCAACGAGUUGCUUAAGAAAGGACACCUCAGGGAGUUCCUUUCCGAGAAGGCCAAGAGCUAUCUAAGCAAGCAGACAACGGGAAAGCCCACUAAAGCUGCUCCCCGGCAUAAGCCACGCAGCUGCGAAGAAAAGCACCUGGAACGCCAAGCACGGCCUAGAGGUAGCCAAGCCAAAACACCUGCUUCUAGGUAUGGACGAAAUAAGUUUUACGGCCAAGGAGAAGGAGAAAGUUCUCACCCCACAUCAGGACGCCCUGGUCAUAUCGCUCACUGUAGAGAACUGCCUGGUGAAAAGGAUACUGUAGAUAAUGGGAGCUCCGGAAACAUCAUCUUCCAGGCCGCAUACAAGGAUUUGAGGCUGAAGGAAAGCGCUAUAACUCGGAGGAUAACCCCACUUAUAGGGUUCAGCGGAGAAGUCAAACAAACCGCCGGAGAGGUGACCCUCCCUGUAUACGCUGAAGGGAUCAACAUGUCAACCAAGUUCCUUGUUGUUGACUGCGACUCGUCCUACAAUAUGAUCCUAGGACGUCCCUGGAUUCACGGCAUGGGGGCCGUCCCUUCGACUCUUCACCAGAUGGUGAAAUUCCCUACACCCUGGGGCAUAAAGGCGAUCAGAGGGGAUCAUGAGUAUUCCCGCUUCUGCUACCAGACUACUCUGAAGGGAAAGACCAAGGUCUUACAGCAAUUACAGAGUAAGCCUCCAGCUCAUCACACCGAGGAACCUGAGGUAGAGGAAAUGGACGACGUGCCAUUAAUCGAAUAA